AUGGAGAGAGCAGCCUUCAGCUUCAGCACCACUUAUCUCACCUCUCCAGUGUUCUACGACAGAGACGACUCAAGGUCUCCUGUCGUGAUGGAAUGGGGGAUUACGCAGAAGACAUGUGAAGCUGCCAAAAGUGACAAGACCGUGCCCUACGCGUGUGUUAGCAACUAUAGCGAGUGUAUCACGAAUGAGGCAGGCUAUCUAUGCAAGUGCGCUGCUCCAGGGGAUUCAAAGGCAAUCCAUACAUCGCAGGCGGAUGCACAGGUACGUGGAAGUGUUGGACUUGUCGUUCUUGUGAUUGCCAUUACUUGUGCAUAUUUGAUCCGAGAAAGGCGAAAGCUACACCGGAUCAAACAGAUGUAUUUUCGACAACAUGGUGGUCUGCUGCUAUUUGAGGAGAUGAAAUCACAACAAGGUGUUGCAUUCAAAAUCUUCUCCGAAGAAGAACUACAACAAGCCACGAACAGGUUUGAUGAACAGCAUGUCAUUGGUCAUGGAGGCCAUGGAAAAGUCUAUAAGGGAGUUUUGAAGAGCGAUGCUAAAGUAGCCGUGAAAAGAUGCAUGACAAUUGAUGAGCGACAAAUGAAAGAAUUCGGCAAGGAAAUGCUAAACCUAUCCCAAAUCAAUCACAAGAACAUUGUCAAGAUCCUCGGCUGCUGCCUUGAAGUUGAAGUGCUCAUGCUAGUAUACGAGUUCAUCCCAAAUGGUACGCUGUUCGAUCUCAUCCAUGGCAACCAUGGCCAACACAUCUCCUUGGGCACUCGCUUGAGGAUUGCCUAUGAGUCUGAACAGGCCUUAGCUUACCUCCAUUCAUGUGCAUCUCCACCAAUCAUCCACGGUGAUGUCAAAUCGACCAACAUCCUCCUGGAUGAGUUGCUCACACGCAAGAAGGCAUUCAACCAUGAAGGGCCUGAACACGAGAAGAGUCUUGCGAUGAGGUUUCUAUAUGGGAUGAAGGAAAACAAGCUUGAGAAUAUCCUGGAUGAUCAAAUCAAGAACAAUGACAACAUGGACUAUCUCGAGGAGAUUGCAAAGUUAGCGUGGCAGUGCUUGGAGACGAGUGGUUUGAAUAGGCCAUCAAUGAAGGAGGUGGCAGAUAAGCUUGAUAGGCUAAGGAAGGUCAUUCAGCACCCAUGGGCACAUGAGAAUUCCGAAGAGUUGGACAGCUUGCUUGGAGAGGCUUCCUCUAUGGUCAGCUCGGCGGUUACUACAGAGUCUUUCGGUAUUGCAAAGAAAAUUGCUAUGGGCUUAGAGUCAGGACGCAAGUCAUUGUAA